CCCACCCCCACCCCACCCCGCUCCCCGCGGACUGCGCGUGCGUGACCUCGGGACCGCGCGACCUGCGCGCGUCUGUAGCGGGCGCAGGGGCAGCUGGGAAGAUGGCGGCCUGGGCCCCUUGUCGGAGGUGGGGCUGGGCGGCUGUGUCCUUCGGCCGGCACCCGGGCCUGAGCGCGUCACUAGCUCGGAAGCCCCCACGGGCAUGGUGGCUCUCAGCUUGCAGACAAAAGGCAUCACUUUCUUUCCUUAACCGAUCAGAACUUCCAAACCUGGCUUAUAAGAGGUUAAAAGGCAAAACCCCAGGAAUUAUCUUCAUCCCUGGCUAUCUUUCUAACAUGAAUGGUAUAAAGGCAGUAGCAGUUGAGGAGUUUUGCAAAUCUCUAGGUCACGCCUUUAUAAGGUUUGACUACUCAGGGAUUGGAAGUUCAGAUGGUAACUUAGCAGAGUGCACAGUGGGGAAAUGGAGAAAGGAUGUCCUUUCCAUACUUGAUGACGUAGCUGAAGGACCGCAGAUACUGGUUGGAUCCAGUCUUGGUGGAUGGCUCAUGCUGCAUGCUGCAAUUGCACGGCCGGAAAAAGUCAUAGCUCUUAUUGGUAUAGCUACUGCUGCAGAUGGAUUGGUGACACAAUAUCAUGCACUUCCUGUUGAGGUAAGUCAUGAGCCAUUUGGCCACCCCGGGGAGUACUUCCUAUCUUCUGCCUUUUCUCUCUCUCUACUUAUUCACCAUCUCCCUCUACCUUACUAGAGUGACCUGGCUUUUGUCUUUGCUGCCCUAUUGCUUGGUCUCUUGUUUUAAGGUUUCCUUUUCUCAUUCCUCUUUCUAAAACAUCCUGCCAAAUGCAUGAGACGUGGCACUGAAGUCAUGCUUCACAGUGUCCUCUUUUGCUCAGUUUUCUUUAUUUCCUUUACCUAAUGGAAUUCCAUGUCACAGUCUACUUUUUUACCCUCUUACUCUCAGUUCGUGGUAUGUGAAUAGUGCCUGUUCUUACAUCAUGUGAGACUGGACUAAACAGAUGUAAAACUACCUUCUUUAGCCCAAAAACAGACUUAUGUUCUCUGGGCAGCAGUUAUCAGCUAAUUAGAGGCAGCACACCAGGGGUAGAGGGGUUUUUUGUUUUUUUUUUUUUUGUUUUUCUGGCUUUGUUGCUUUGUUAGCAUUCUUUUCGAAUAAUUUUUGUGCUGCAUCAAAAGAAAAGCAGGGCUUUUCACCAAUGUUCUUCAGCGAUUCAUGGUAAAAAUGAAGGGUCUGAAAUAACUGGGAAGGUAGCUGUUCUCUUUAGCUUCAAUUGGAUAUCCGUUUAGGCAGUGUUCUAGUUAGGGUUCCUAUUGCUGUGAUGGAACACUAUCACCAAAGUUGGUGAGGGAAACGGUUUGUCUGGCUUGCACUUCCACAUCACAGUCAAUCACUGAAGAAAGUCUAGGCAGGACCUCACACUGGGCAGGAGCCUACAGAGGCCAUGGAAGGGUACUGCUUACUGACUUGCUCUUCAUGGCUCGUUCAAUCUGCUUUCCUAGAGAACCCAGGACCACCAGCCCAGGGAUGACACCAGCCACAAGGCUCUGGGCCCUCCUAAAAAUGAUGUCCAGACUUUCUACAGCCCCGUCUUCUAGAAACAUUUUCUUUUUUUCAAUUUUCUUUAUUUUUCUUUUCUUUUCUUUUUUUUUUAAAGAUAUUUUAUUUAUUUUAUGUAUAUGAGUACUCUGUACACUGUCACUUUCUUCAGACACACCAGAAAAAGGCCUCAGAUCCUGUUACAGAUGGUUGUGAGCCACCAUGUGGUUACUGAGAAUUGAACUCAUGACCUCUGGAAGAGCAGUCAAUGUUCUUACCUGCUGAGCCAUCUCUGGAAACAUUUUCUUAAUUGAAGUUUUCUUUUCUCACAUGACUUUAGAUUGUGUCAAAUUCACAUAAAACUGUCCAACACAGACAGUUAUGUGCAAGGACAAUGGAAUAAGCAACAUCUAUACUUUUGUGCAUUUUUUUACUGCAUUCAUUUCAGUUUUCCUCACCUGUGGAACUAAGUUCCUGGUAAGCCAGAGACAAUAAAAAUUAAAAGGGAAAAACAUUAUUUCAAAAUGGGUUCCAGACCCACUAUCAAUCUUGAAUUUCAUUCUGAAUCAGACAUGGGAGAUAUGCCCAACAAGUUCCUCCCCACAGUAGAGUUUGAGAAUCAGGUUUGCAGAGCCCAGGAAGAAAGCAGCAGUGGGGAGGGGAGUCAAGGGGACACAAUAAACGUGUAUAACUUUGGAUAAUAGAACAUUACUGAUUUCUGCUUCAGGUUCUUUAAGAUUUCAGCUGUGGAGCAUCUGAGUUUGUUCUUAGUUCAUGUUGUUCUCAGUGGCAUUGCUGGAGAUGAGGGGAUAGCUCAGUUGUUAAAAUGCACGACAUACAAGCUUAAGAAACUGAGCUAACCCAGACCCAUGCUGUUUUGUUUUGUUUUGUUUGUUUUAUUUUGUUGUUUAAAGCUGAUAGGCUGGGGAAAUGGCAGAAGAGAUAAAAAACACUUGCCCCUUGCCUGACAACCUGAGUUCUGUUCUUGGGACUGACAUAGAAAACCAACUCACGUGGAUAGUGCUCUGGCUUCCACACAAGCACUGUGGCACACACAUGCAUCCUCACCUUUUCCCCACAAACAAGAGUAAUAAUGGAAGAGAUGAUGAUGAUGAUGACGACGACGAUAGUAAUAAUAAUAGUAACAAUAAUAAUAAAGCUAGGUAUAGUGGUGUGCCCUUGUAAUCCCAAUACUGAUAAGGCAGACAAGUAGAUCCUUGGAGCGUCAUGUCCAGCCACCAUCGAGGACUAGUAAAUCCCAGGUUAACGUGAGACCCAGCGUCAGAAUAACAGGGUAUAGGCAGGUAAAAUGGCUGAGAUAGAAAAGUUCUUGCUGACAAGCCUGAUAGCCUGAAUUUGAUCCCCAGAACCCAUAUGGUGGAAUGAGAGAACCAACUCCUGAUCGCUGAACAUAUACUGUGUCAUGCCCACACAAAUAAUGCUUAAAAUACUUACAAAAACCAAGAGAGAUGGGAGGGCUGGAAAAAUGGCUCAGCAGUUAAGACCGUUUGUUAUGCUGUCGCUGAGGAGUAGAGUUAAGAUGCCAGCUCCCAUGUAACAAGCCAGGUGUUCCCUCAGACAUCUGCAGGCCCAGCUCUAAGGAGGAGGGACGUCACAAAGGCCCAGUGGCUUCUAGUCUAGCUGAGGGAACCACAUCAAGUUCAGAGGUGAAACUUUGCUACAAAAGAUCUAACUGGAGAAUGAUAGAGGAAGACCACUGCCCACUCCUCUGGCCUCUGUGCAUACUGUUGCACCCACCCCACCCCACCCCCAGAUAAGUGUGCAUACAGUCAUAUAGACACAUAAGAAACACACAACUUUUUCUUUUUUGGAAAAGCAAAUCAACAGUGGACCAUGUUCCUGAGGAAUGACACCUGAGGUUGUUGUGCUCAUGAGAGUCCUGAUAUUUUUUCCUAUCAGACCUAAAAUUACAAAGUUGGUCUUCCCUGUACUCAUCUCUGAUGUCUAGUUUUUUUCCUCAAAUAUAGUUCUUUGAUGUUUGUGUUUUUUCUGCUACUUCUUUGUGCAUUUGAAACUUUGACCCUUUGCUUAAUCCCCUUGACUCACCAAUACAAUGGCUUUCAUGAUAGGAACUUUUCUCAGGAAUAUUGCAGCUUGAAAAGGAGUUCCUUACGUUUUGCUGCUGUUGUUGUAGCAAUUGCCAAGAUCUGUGCACAUUUCACUUUGCAUGUGUAAGUAGAUUGUUCAGCAUGUGGAUAAGGUGGGCAUUGAAAAAUCAGAUACAAAGUUUUUUAGGUAGGGUUUUUAUUGCUGUGAUGAAACUCUAUGACCAAAAGCAGUUUAGGGAGGAAAGAGUUUAUUUCAUCUUGCAACUUUCAGGUCACACUCUUACUGAGGGGGAAGUCAGAAUAAGAUCUCCAGGUAAGAAUCUGCAGGCAGGAACUGAAACAAAAGUCAUGGAGAAAUGCUGCUUACUGACUUGUUCUUGUUUGUUCCUCCUACUUUUUUCCACAGUUCAGUACCACCUACCUAGGUGUGGCACCACCCACAGUGUGCUGGACCCUCUAUAGUCAUUCAUCAAGAAAAAGAUCCACUGACUUGCCUGUUGGCCAGUAUUAGGGAGGCAUUUUCUCAGCUGGGUGUCCUUUUUUCUAAAUGAUUCUAGCUUGGGUCAAGUUGACAUAAAACUGAACAGCACCAGAGGAAAGCACAGGGACACUAGGCAUUACCUCCCCAUUAACCACUGGCCCUAAGGUGUCAAUAGUGGCCCAGAGAGUGUGUCAGAUCCCCUGGAGCUGGAGUUAUAGGAGACCAUGAGAUGUCCCAUGUGGGCUCUGGGAACCUAGCUAGGCCCUGUGCAAGAAGUGGAAGCACUUUUAACUGUUAGCCAUCCCUCCAGACAGAAAAUUCCAAA